UACUUGUUGCCUAGAGACUCCAGAUAGUUUCAUGACAUCCCAGUGUUCAGUCACGAACCGCGAGACAUUCAAGCCACGCUCUCAGGAAUCCACAAACUUUCAAUGACUUUAUUUUAAGUAAUAUUCCGCUAUUUGUGUCGCGUUUGUCUCAUAAAUUAUGGGUGUUGAAGGAGAGUACGUUUCAGGAAGAGCUUUCAGAGAGAGCCUGAGGAAGCCAGCUCCGAAGCUGAGGGUUGUUCCCGCCUUUUCUAUACAGUCGUACCAGAGGGGCGUGGUGGUGGAGAAGCCUCCCAAGCCAGAAGACAGGGUGAGGCACACAGCUGGCAACACUGCCUUCAAGAGGUUCUACAUCCGCGGAGACUUCCCCAUCUCCAUGGAGUCCUCCAGCUCCGGACACAAGAUCGCUUGGAGGCAACCCAUAGAGAGCCUCAACUUCCACCAUUACCUGCCCGUGUUCUUCGAUGGCUUGUGUGAGACAGAACAUCCCUACAAGUUCUUCGCCAGACAAGGCAUCCACGACAUGCUGGUCCAUGGACGCAACAAGAUCCUACCCGUCAUACCGCAGCUCAUCAUACCCAUCAAGAACGCACUUAACACCAAGAACUCCGAGGUGAUCUGCACCACGCUGAAGGUGCUGCAGCAUCUAGUAAUGUCUGCAGACAUGGUGGGCGAGGCGCUGGUGCCGUACUACAGGCAGAUACUACCUGCACUUAACGUAUACAAGGAUAUGAACGUUAACUGUGGGGAUGGCAUCGACUACAGCCAGCAGAAGAGAGAGAACAUCGGAGACAUGGUGCAGGAGACGCUGGAGGUCCUGGAGAGGUACGGAGGUGAAGAUGCCUUCAUCAACAUCAAGUACAUGAUCCCCACCUACGAGUCCUGCAUGCUCAACUGAGCUUUGAGCAUCUCUAACAACCGAGCAGGUCAAUUUGUUAUCGUCCAAGUGAUACAUCUAUUUAUACAUUCGUUAAAUUGUCACCGUUUACUGUUAAUAUUAACAAUUGGAGUUAGGUAUUUCUAAAACCUGGUUUGUAUAAAGAUUAAUUGUUAUGUUUGGUGCUGUGGUUUAAAUUAUAAGUGUUAUUUAAGAGUGUUAGUUUUUAAAUUUUAAGUAAGACUCGAAAUUUUGUGGAUUAUUGGAAUUUAUAAAUUUUACAUUCAGUGUUAUGAUGAUUUUUAAAUAUACGAUUGCUCUUUAACUGUCUA